AUGUCCGGCCGCUUUGGAGAGAUCCGUAAUGAUGGUUCUCAGAAUCAUGAUUCAAGUAUUCACGGUGAAAAUACUGGCCUUCAGGUGGCUGUCAGUCACGGCACAAUCAACUAUCACUACCAUUCGCCGAUCUAUGCAUUAUCUAAUAUUACCAAGGUGCUUCCUCUCCAGAGAACAUACGUAUUCCGCGAUUCGAUCACAUCCCACAAGCAACAGCUAGAAGCCGACCAAACCAACUUGGCACAGAAAACUUUGACGGACAGGUCAGACGGCUAA